AAAAACAUUAAUUCAACUUAAUGACGGUCUAUAGAUACUCUAGAAAUUUAUGAGGUUAAGUGUGAUAUGACCUAAAGUCUAUAGGCAACCCCCUCGCUGUGACGUCGUCAUCAAUAAUCUUACUCGAGCUCAGACCACAUCAGUCAUACAGCAGGAGAGGCCAAACUUUCCGGUACAACGAAAUUUCAAACGGACGGACAGCGGUAAUUUUCCUGCGAACCGAUGGUGUUCGGGUAUAAGAUUCUUCAACAGGAUAAAAAACUUGGGAAUUCCAUCCCUGCGUGAUUUUUAAAAAUCGUCAUGUUGUUAAGGGCGAUCAUCCUUUCGGGCGCCCUCCUUACCACUAGAGCCACCGUUGUCGAGAACGCACGAUCCGCGGCCAACGUAACACUUCCUUUUCGGCUCACUUUCAACCCCCUCUUUAUCAAUCAGCUCCCGAUGGAGGACGAAUGGCCGGUGCAAGUCUACUUUGAAGAUACCACGGUCUCCAAAUCGUCGGAUUUGGUUCUCGGGGUCCAAUCAAAGCACCCGGCCAUCGCCAAUGUCCCCUUUCCGCUGCUGGAUCUUCACAAUGUAGACGAACUACCACAGUUAAACGUCACGGAUACGACCAACUUUACCGCAAGUGGCAACUUCACCGUCAGAGGAAUAUUUCUCGGCUACUCUGAACUCAUAUUCCACAUAUGUAACCGGAGUAAGAGCCUGUGUAAUGACAGUAUCUUCCCGAACCCUUACGAUGAGACUGGAAGCUAUGUUGGGGCGGAUUCUCAGUGGACCACACUGGAUGUGAAGUACCGGUUAUCGGUGAUGCGCAAUAGGACAGUCCUGGAUGAGGUGUUUGUUGUAACAGUCUCUAUCGCAGUUUUUGUCUCGCAGAUCGCCGUCGGGUGUAAGACAGAGCUUGAAGUGAUUAAGGAAGUCCUCAAGAAGCCAAUCGCUCCUGUCAUUGGAUUCUUUUGUCAAUUUUGCAUCAUGCCACCGCUGGCGUUUGGGAUAGGCAAAUUGCUAUCAGUGAGUGCCGGCGAGGCUGUAGGCAUCUUCACCUUGGGCUGCUCACCCGGGGGAGGAUCCAGCAACAUGUACUCCUACUUGCUGCUCGGAGAUGUCUCACUCAGCAUCACCAUGACCUUGAUAAGUACUAUCGCUUCUCUUGGCAUGCUUCCUCUGUGGAUGUUCACUCUGGGCGAGCUACUGCUGGCCGAGUUGGGCAUGGGCGAUGUGACCAUCCCCUACGAGAACAUCAUCAUCUCCCUGGUCAUGGUCAUCAUUCCAGUGGGAAUCGGGCUCAUCAUAAAACGAUACAGGCCGCUCUGGGCCAAAAAGAUUGCAAAAAUCAUUCGACCAUUUAUGAUAAUAUUUCUCCUCUUUAUGUUCACAUUCGGCAUCUAUGUGAACCUCUACAUGUUCAAACUGUUCACACCGAAUGUGGUAGGCGCGGGACUUUUAUUUCCGCUCGGUGGGUUUUUAGGUGGCGCUGCGAUCGCCGCCAUCUGCCGCCAACCUUGGAAACGAGUAAAGACCAUCGCUUUAGAGACUGGUAUCCAGAACACGGGCGUGGCCAUGAUUCUCCUUUUGUUUUCUCUGCCUUCGCCAGAUGCAGAGUUCUCCAUUGUUGGGGCGGUUGGAAUAACGAUGUUCAUGCCACUCUACCCCUUGAUUAUGGUUGCAGUCUACGAAAUUAGGCGAUGUUGCCAAAAGAAGAAAAAAGAAGGCGAUGCUGAUAUUGAUGGCGAGGGUGGUGAAAUCGAGGGGGAGAAGAUACCAGCAGAGCCUGCUGGUUUUGCUACCUUUAUCAACAAAUAUAAAAGAUUUCUUCCGUGCAUAAAGAAAGCUGAAAGCGACAAGGGUCCCAAUACAGGUGAUGAGAAGAAAGAAUUGCCAAAUGGAAUAGCCAUGGAUGUGAAGGAAGGAGCGAUGAAAAAUGAGGGGGCUGAGAAACCAUCAAAAACCCCAGAUGUGUCAUUGAAAGAACCGGAAACUGACGGUCCCGCAGCUGGACAGGAAACGCCGCCUAACGGACAGGAGGAUUCCGUGAUGGAUGGUUAUGAAUCAGGCGAGGUCGACAAUAGUGGUCUUGAUAACAGUGUGAUAAAUAUUGGUUUUGUUAACGACACCGGCGCGGAUACCUCACUCUAAUGUGUUGUGAUCGCACCAACAGUGUUUUAGAGUAAAAGUCCAUCCUAUUUUUGGAUGCUCCCAUUAUCAGUAUACUGAUUAUGGCAGCAUCCAAAAAGUUUUGACAUGCGUUAUGCGUUGGGAAAAGAGUUAUUGUAUGUUUUAUAUGCACACGUGUUCAGAUUAUAAUCUAAUAGAAUAUAAAUAUAUGUAUAUGAUUGGUAAGAUAACUAUAUGUUUGGUAUGUAGGGUGCUAUUGUCUAACUUAUAUAAUCUAUGGGUUUCGAACCACAGAUGUUCGCCGAUAUCCCCCGGAUCUGUUCCGACUGAUCUCGCAUGUCUCGAUUAAUGUUCUCAUUAGGUCUGCGGUAACAAUGUAGGGCGGCAUGUUUUCCAAAUCUGUCUCAGGUGUACAUGUAUAAAGGGUGGACCAAUGGGAAAUUUGUUAAUGAAUUUGAAAAUUCUCCAACUGCAUAAAUACGUAGUGUAUAUGUCGACAUUGACAGACUGUUCUUUUCAGCACUACAUUGUUGUAUGCGUUUUUGGCUUACCCGCGGUAUGAUCACAUCACAAAAUUGAACAUAGUCUAAUCAUAUUCAAUAAAAAAUUA